ACAACCAAAAAGCAGUCGUGACCCAAAUAUAUUUUUAAGAAUAUAAUUUUGCUCCGGCUCUCAUAGGGGUCCAUCGAACCAGGAUCUCCCAAAGAUUGAGUUUAUCAUGGCGGUCCAGAUGGCGGUAAAUUCAGGAGCCAGUCUGUGGGGCCCGCUGAAGGAGCUAUGGGAGACCGUGGAGGGAGCGGUGUGGAGGCGGCAGCCGGAGAGCGUGCACCUCCUGGACUUACAACUGAAGAAACACAAACCCCAUUUCCUCUCACUCUUCAAGAACCCGCCAAAAAGUGCGGAGCAGAGGGAGAAGGUGAGGAAGGCCAGCACGGAGGGCAUCUCCAUCCAGGGCCAGCAGGGAUCACGGCUGCUGCCAGAACAGCUCCUGACCGAGGCCUUCAUCCUCAGCGACCUGUUCGACAUCGGAGAGCUGGCUGCUCUAGAACUGCUGCUGGCAGGUGAGCACCAGCAGCCGUACUUCCCCGGUGUGACCCGGGGCCUGGUGGCUGUGCUGCUCUACUGGGACGGCAAGCUGUGUGUGGCCAACUCCCUCCGGUCCCUCAUCCAAUCACGCCACGGCAAGACCUUCACCCUGGAGCUGAGUGCAGAGCUGGUGACCAUCACCACCAGGUUCACCGACGAGCUGAUGAGCCAGGGCCUGGCCAGGCGCAUCCUGGUGCUGGUGUCUGAGAUCAGCGUCACCCGGGAGUUUGAGCGCCUGCAGAAGGAGAGAGGCCUGGGGAACGAGAAACACAGGAAGGAGGUCUCUGACCUCAUCCGAGAGUGCCGACAGGCCCUGGCCGACUCCCUGUUCUCCUGGACUUGCCAAUCACCUUUAAGUAAAGACGACACCCUGGCCCUGAUUGGCCACCUGGAGACGGUGACUGCAGAAGCCGACGGCUCAUUGGACAGCGUGAACCUGGCCCUGGUCAUGGGUCUGCUCUACUGUUUAGACGUCAGCUUCCUAGAACCGGGGAACGAGGAUAGAGAAGACCUGCUGCAGGCCCUGCCCCUGCUGACUGAGAAACAUUACGUGUCGGCCGUCCACGCCCGGCUGGUGGAGGGCCAGCCCUGGAAGGUUCCGGGGCUGCAGGCGGUGUGCCGGCUGGCCUGGGCCCUGGCCCUCAGAGCCCUCUCCCAGCUACCACAGGGCGCCGCCCUGGUGGAGUUCACGGAGGCGGACGAGGCCCUGAGCGACCAGGCGCUGCUCGGCGGCGUAUUCCUGUUCAUGACAGAGGGCAUGCUGGGAUGCGAGGGCUUCUCCCAGGAGGAGUUCUACACACGGAGGCUCCACUCGCUCAUCACAGACUUCCUGGCCCUCAUGCCCAUGAAGGUGAAGCAGCUGCGUAACCGUGCCGACGAGGAUGCUCGUCUGAUCCACAUGUCUCUCCAGGUGGGCAGCGAGCCUCCAUCCUCCCUACGCAAAGACCUGGACCACCUGAUGAACCUGAUAGGAGAGUUCUACGGUAAAGACCCGUUUGGCCUGGAGCUGGCUCUGGAGUUCUGGAACCCCACAGAAUCCCUCCAGCACACCAGCAUGCAGGGCUCCUACCUGGGCAUGGCCAUGCAGAGACCCCCCCACAAGCAGGUGGUGCUGUCUAAGUUUGUGCGUCAGAUGGGCGACCUGCUUCCUGCGACGCUGUACCUGCCGUACCUGUGCAUGCUGAGGGGGCUGGCUAACGGGGCCCAGUGUUCUCACUACUGCUUCAGCCUGCUGAAGACCAACGGAGCGCCGCACGGAGAGAACAUGCAGGGCGUGGCGGGCAGCCCUGUGUCCUGGGAGCACUUCUUCCACUCCCUCAUGCUGUACCACGAGAGCCUCCGCCGAGACCUGCCCAGCGCCGACGCCACGCAGUACCGCCCGCCGCCACUGAGGGGCAUCACCCAGAGAGAGAUGGACGGCCUCACUGCCUUCCUGCAGCUCCUGGCCAACAUCAUCACCUGGAGUGAGAACGCGCGCCUGGCCCUGUGUGAGCACCCCCAGUGGACGCCGGUGGUAGUGAUGCUGGGCCUGCUGCAGUGCAGCGUCCCUCCCGUCCUCAAGGCCCACCUGCUGCGCUGCCUCGCCGCCUUCGCCAAGUCGCCCGAGAUCGCUGCCUCGCUGUGGCAGUCGCUCGAGUACACACAGAUCCUCCAGACUGUUCGAGCUCCAGGACAAAGACAGGCCGCUGGAAUUGAGGUGGAGCUGAACGAGAUCGAGUCGAGCUGUGAAGAGUACCCUCUGACCCGGGCCUUCUGCCAGCUCAUCAGUUCAUUGGUGGAGAGCGCCCUGCCCGUCAACCUGGGGGCGGGGUUCCGCGCCCCAGGGUUCCAGCCGUACCUGACGUUCCUGAGAGAGGCCGUGUUCCUGCCCUUCCCCACCCGUGCCUACCGCCGCCCCGCUGAGAAGUGGGAGGUAGUGGAGGCGGUUCUGGAGGUGUUCCACAAGCUCCUGCGGGACUACGAGCCACAGGCGUCGGACUUCGUCCAGGAGACGGUGGAGCUGCAGGGGGAGCAGGUGGCGGCUCACAAGCCCCCCGGACACACGCUGCUGUUCCACCUGCUCAACGACUCCCCCACCCUGGCCCUCUGCCUUAGCCUGCUGGGGGAGGGGACACGCCUGCUCGACACCUACGCCCCCUUCCCUGGUAAGGCCCACCUGGAGGCGGCUGUGCUGCACUGCCUGGCCCUGCUGGAGCUAGCCCUGCACAAGCAGCUGCUGUUCAUGGAGCUCCUGCGGGAGAGCCAGGCCUCGCUGCUCGUCUGCCCACUGGAGGAGCUGCUGCAGGGGGUCAGCGCCCAGAGCCGCAAGGCCGACCACAUCGUCAACAUCGCCAGGUACCUGUACCACGGCAACACCAACCCAGAAGCAGCGUACCAGAGCGCCAAGAUCCUGCGACACAUCUCCCGCUACCCCAACAUCCAGGCCCGGCUGGUGGGGGACUUCACCCACGACCAGGCGGUGAGUGAGAAGCUGAUGGCUGGCUUUGUGGAGUGUCUGGACAACGAGGGAGCCGAGGAGGGCAUCGAGAAGGGAGAAGACUCGGACCCUGAGAAGAAGGUUGCUAGGCUCCGCCAUGAGACCCAGAGCCACAUCCUGAACCUGCUCAUCACCUCCCUGGAGCUGAAGAGCCCCAACCUGGCGCUCUACCUGCUAGGCUACCAGGUCAAGAAGCCAGCCUCCUCCACCAACCUUCAGGACCCUGGAGUGCUGGGCUGUCCACGCAGCUGUCUACACGCCAUCCUCAGUCUUCUCCAGAGAGGAAGUGAGAAACGCUCUGGUCCUGUCCUCACCUCUCAGGCCCCGCACCUAGCGGAGCUCUGCUACCAGGUGAUCUACCAGCUGUGUGCUUGCUCCGACACUUCUGGUCCCACCAUGCGUUACCUGAGGACCAGCCAGGACUUCCUGUUCUCCCACCUGCAGCACCUCCCGUUCAUCCUGCCAGGUGACCAGAUCGCUAGCCUGUCCCAGAUGUCCUGGCUGAUGAAGACAGCUGCCAUCGAGCUCAGAGUGACAUCACUGAACCGUCAGCGCUCACACACCCAGCGCCUGGUCAACCUGCUGCUGGACGACCAGCCGCACACGCAGCACGGAGCUGAUGGGGAGAUGGGCAUGGAGGAGGAGACCAGAUCAGUCAGUGGUUUCCUGCACUUUGACACCGUGUGUAAAGUGCGCCGGAAGCUGCUGAGUGUGCUGGACGCCAUCGACUUCAGCCAGGACGCCCCUGAGCUGCUUCAGCUGGACUUCUUCGAGCGCGCUCAGAUCGAGCAGGUCAUCGCCAACUGUGAGCACGUCAACGAGCACGGACACGCCGUCUGCAACGUCAAGCUUCUCCAUCGCGUGCUGGUUGCCGAGGUCAACGCCCUCCAGGGAAUGGCCGCUAUUGGCCAGCGCCCCCUGCUGAUGGAGGAAGUGAACUCCAUCCUGCAGCAGGUGGUGGAGCGCAACCGCGUGCGGCGGAGCCUGAGCGCUAAGCGGCAGGCGCUGCAGUCGUGGCGCAGCCUGGUGGAGACGCUGCUGACCGCCUGCCCUGCAGACCUGGUGCCCGCUGAGGACCGCCAGCUCAUCAUCAGAGACCUGCUGCUGGACCUGCACGACAAGGUCCUAUCAGAAGACGCCGCCGGGGAGCUGAUGCCCAUCGUUGCCGGGGCCGUCUUCACCCUGACAGCCCACCUCAGCCAAUCGGUGCUGUCUGAGCAGCAGCAGGGGGCGGGGCUGGAGGGCGGGUCUUCGUCGGGAUUCGCCUCCAUCGCCAACUCUGCCCUCCACCUCAUCCUGCGGAAGCUGCUCAGCUUUAUACUCUGUACUGGUGGAGGUUUCCAGCGUCUGCGUGCUCACCUGUACGGCUCCCUGCUCUACUACCUCCAGAUCGCCCAGAAACCAGAGGAGCCAGACACACUACAGACAGCAGGCAGCUCCAUGUGGGAGCGUCUCACCGCUCCGGAGGACGGCUUCUCCAAGCUGCAGAGGGAGAACCUGGCCAUCGUCCACAGCUACGGCACCACGCUCAUGGAGGUGGUGUGUCGAGACGCCUGCGAUGGCCACGAGAUCGGCAGGAUGCUGGCUCUGGCUGUGCUGGACCGCGUGCUGUCUGUUGAGCGUCAGGGAGACUGGCUGGUGUUCCUGUGUAACAGCGGUUACCUGCGGGUGCUGGUGGAGAGCCUUCGCCAUGACGACCACGCCCUGCAGACCCUGCUGUGCCCCCAGCCCCCCCUGCUCAAGCCCCUCUACAUCUACGAGAGCAAGAUGGCUGUGCUGAUGCGGGUGGCCAGGACCGGCCCCGGGGCGGUGGAGCUGCUGCGCUGUGGCCUGGUCACCCAACUCAUGGAGUGUCAGGUGUUCGACAUGGUGCCUGACAGCGACACCCACAGGAUGUUUGUCCAGAGGGACUCGUCAGGGUUCAUCCCCAGCCCUGCUCACCGCUACAGACAGAUCCUGCUGCCGGCACUCAGGUUGUUCCAGGUCAUCCUCACCUCCACCACCACCCACCACCAGCAGGGGGCAGCACAGGUGCUCCAGUGGAUGAUAGUGCACGCUGACACCAUCCAGUCCCUGUUGAGGUGUCAGCGUCUCAGCAUGGGGACUCUGCAGGAGCUGGCUCUGCUCACAGGCAUCAUCAGCAAGACGGCCCUGCCCGGGGUGCUGGAGGUGGGUGGGGAGGGCAACAACGCGGCCCUCCUGGAGGCCCAGGGCCACGUGGGCCGGUUCCAGCGGCAGAGCCUGGCCCUGCUGGCCCGCCUGGCUGGCAGCGAGAGGGAGCAGCUGCUGAAGCAGGCGGAGACCGGCGCCCCCGGAGACCCCGCCGAGCGCCGCGAGGAUAUGGAGGUUGCCAUGCAACAGGUGUGCGCUAACAUCAUGGAGUACUGUCAGGCUCUGCUGCUGCAGAGUUCAGCUCAGGCCCAGUACAGCAUCUGUCUAUUCAGCCCCUCUGUCAGUGAGACCAGCAGCAGAGACCCAGCCCGGCCAGACCUGGUGCUGGCCCCGCCCCUCUCCAGGGUGCCCCCCCUGGGCCUGGUCAUGUUCCUGCUGAGGAACAGCGCUGCAGACUUCUUCUGCUACCAGCAGAGCCACAGACAGAACCUGGCCAAGCUGACCAGCCUGGAACAGCUGCCCCCAGAGGAGCUGAAGGAGCUGUGCCAGGCGCUGGUGGCAGGGUCUGGAGGGCUGGAGAAGAUCUCUUCGGUCCAGAGGAGUCUCCUGGCCAAGCGCAGGCUGGUCCAGCUCAUCAACAACAGAGCCAAGCUGCUCGCUCUCUGUUCCUACGUGAUUGAAACCUGUCUGUUUGUGCUGUGGCGCCACCUGGAGUAUUACCUGCUGUACUGCACCCCAACAGACCCCAAGGACUCCCUCCUGCCAGGGGGCGCCCCCUACAGAUCACGGCUGGCUGACGACUCGUUCGGUGGCCUGGGAGGGGGUGAGGGCCGUGGCCUCGGCCUGUCCAGGAUCAGCCAGCAGGACCUGGAGCAGCUGCAGAGUGACCUAGCGGCAGGCUUCAGCGAGACUCUGCAGAGGAAGCUGCUGGAGGUGGAGAGUGCGUACAGCCAGGUCCGCUCUCGCUACACCUUCAUCCAGGCCCUCAUCCGCAGGAUCCGGGGGCUGCUGCGCCAGCCCAAGAGAUGAGACACGCACACACAGCAAACAGUACACACUCUCUCACACACACACACACACAGCAAACAGUACACACUCUCUCACACACACACACACACAGCAAACAGUACACACUCUCUCACACACACACACACACAGCAAACAGUACACACUCUCUCACACACACACACACACACACAGCAAACAGUACACACUCUCUCACACACACACACACACAGCAAACAGUACACACUCUCUCACACACACACACACACAGCAAACAGUACACACUCUCUCACACACACACACACACAGCAAACAGUACACACUCUCUCACACACACACACACAGCAAACAGUACACACUCUCUCACACACACACACACAGCAAACAGUACACACUCUCUCACACGCAAACACUGACCAUAGCACACUCCUAAUGAACUGUGUCCACUGAGAGACAUUCUGUCUCCUGGAGGGCUUCACAGCUGCUCCACAGCCAGGCCUUGUCUGUCUGUCUGUCUGCUACCCAGGAUGUGGUGUGUCCUGUCUGUGUGUGUGUGUGUGUGUGAGGGGGGACGGGGGGGGCUGUGCUGUGGUCGUCACUCACAAGUCCAGGAGUGUUUCUCUACAUGGAAACAUUUUUCUUUUCGUGGAGAGCUGUACCUUACGCCAGGCUUUUCUAGAGAAAAGGACUUUGAUGUAUUUGUGAUAUUUUACAAAAAGAUGGGGGUUUGAUUAUUGCUUAUUCAAGUUUGUUUUUUUUAAUGGUGAAAAAUAAAGUAAUUUUCUAAUGUGA